AUGUCCUUCAUCCCGCGCCAUGCCUUCCCGCCAAUCCCCUCGCUGCCCCGGUCCUACUUCCUGGGCCACCAUAAAUCCGGGCUGCAAAAGAUGAAAUCUCUACUCGCCACCAUCGACCUCGUCAUUGAGUGCCGCGACUACCGCGUACCACUAACCUCUCGCAAUCCGCUCUUCGAAAGUGCUCUGGAAGGCAAAGAGCGAGUAAUCGUGUACACCAAGCGCGAUCUAGGCGGCGGCUCCCGUGACAAUCGCAAUGAACAUGUGAUUGCGCAAUGGCACCAUCCCACCCCAACCAUGUUUGUGAGGAACGGCAACGAUGCAGAGGGCGAAGCCAGCGGUCGCAAGAGCGUGACUAAAUUUUUGGAUCUACUGAGGGAGCAUGCGCAGAAGAGGUGGAAGUUGGUGGGCCAUCGAGUCAUGGUUGUCGGUAUGCCCAAUGUCGGCAAGUCGACGCUUCUAAACGCUUUGCGCGCCCAGGGAAUCGGAAAAGGCAAAGUUGCUGCUACGGGUGCGCAGCCCGGUGUCACACGCAAAGUUAGCAGUAGCGGUGUCAAGAUUAUUCCAAGUGAGGACGACGUCGAGUCCGCAGAUGUUGGUGCGAGAAGAAAACUGCAAGGCGUAGGUGGAGGCGUCUAUCUUCUCGAUACCCCAGGAGUCUUCAUCCCGUACGUACCAGAUGCAGAAGCAAUGAUGAAAUUGGCGCUCUGUGGCUCUGUAAAAGAUACUAUUAUCCCGCCAGUCAUGCUUGCGGAUUACUUGCUCUACCACCUUAAUCUCCAGUCGCCUACGCUCUACUCUGAGUACGCGCCGCCCACCAACGAAAUCAUUGAGUUGCUCUCAGAAAUUGCCAAGAAGACGGGUAGGCUAGGGAAAGGCGGGACAAUAGAUACAGAAGCGACGUCGUUGUGGCUGAUUCAGAAGUGGAGGAGCGGCAACAUGGGUCGGUUCUUGCUUGAUGAUAUUGACGAGAAGAGUUUGGAGAAAGCAAAGCUUGACGAGGAAGGUGCGGUGCCGAGUUUUAAUCAAGCAAGAAAGGCAGAGCGAGAGAGGAGACGAGAAAGGAAUAGAGCACGAGGAGAGAAAUGA